AUGAAAAACAGACUUUUUUUUGUAAUAGUGUUAACCCUACCUUCUUUGUACAACUCAAUGUUUCGAAUAUUGACAUAUGAUAAUUUAUCAAAUUUAAGAUCAUCAACUUUGUCUAUCAACAAUGCGACAAAAUUUUCUGGUACCAAUUCUUCACAAAACCAUGAAAACAUUACGAAAUAUGAAGGUAGUACAAUUAAGAACAAUGAUACUCAAGCAGAUAAUAUAAAUAAGUUCCUAGAUGCAAUAAAACAAAAAAUUAAAAACAUUACCAAACUUGACAACAAACCAACUACUAAUUCACCAACUAAAACAUCCAAAGUAGUAAAAUUAAAUCAUCAAGGUGAGCUUUGUGCAUAUUGUAAUUCUUAUGAUUGCAACAUGAAGAAAGAAAAUGCCAAACACUAG